UGAAGGAAUUAAUUAAGCUCUUGAAAAUGAUUGAUUAUAUUACCUUAGCAUCAUUUUUUCUGUCUUUGUCUCUCAUAUUCAAAAUCAUUCAGCUAUUGCCUGUAAAAACCGCGAAAGAAAACGGCAAGAGGCUUCCCCCGGGGCCGCCUCGGUGGCCCAUCGUCGGCAACCUGCUCCAGCUGGGCCGCCUUCCCCACCGCGACUUCGCCGCCUUCUGCGACAAAUACGGGCCGCUGGUGUACCUCCGUCUGGGCUGCGUCGACGCCAUUACCACCAACGACCCCACCAUCAUCCGCGAAAUACUUCUCCAGCAAGACGACGUCUUCGCCUCCCGCCCCCGAACUCUCGCCGCCGUUCACCUAGCGUACGGGUGCGGCGACGUGGCUCUGGCUCCGGUGGGCCCCAAGUGGAAGCGGAUGCGGCGGAUCUGCAUGGAGCAUUUGCUGACCACCAAGCGCCUGGAGUCCUUCUCAAAGCACCGCGCCGAGGAGGCCCAGCACCUGGUCGAGGAUGUUUGGGGGAUGGCUCAGAAUGGGGAGACAGUGAACCUGCGGGAGGUUUUGGGGGCUUUCUCGAUGAACAAUGUGACGAGGAUGUUGUUGGGGAAACAGUUUUUUGGGGCUGAUGAGUCUUCUGGCCCUCAAGAAGCCAUGGAAUUCAUGUACAUAACUCACGAGUUGUUUCAUCUGCUUGGGCUGAUUUAUUUGGGAGAUUAUGUGCCGCUUUGGAGAUGGAUAGACCCUUAUGGGUGUGAAAAGAAGAUGAGGGAAGUGGAGAAGAGGGUGGAUGAUUUUCACAUGAAAAUACUUGAAGAACACAGAAAGACCAAGAAGGAAACCGAUGGGGAAAUGGAUUUUGUUGAUGUUUUAUUGUCCUUGCCCGGUGAAAAUGGCAAAGAACACAUGGACGACGUGGAAAUUAAAGCUUUAAUUCAAGAUAUGAUUGCAGCAGCGACGGAUACUUCUGCAGUGACCAACGAAUGGGCAAUGGCGGAGGUGAUCAAGCGGCCACGCAUCCUCAAGAAAAUCCAAGCAGAGCUGGACGAGGUGGUGGGAUCCGACCGAAUGGUCUCCGAGAACGAUCUGAUCCACCUCAACUACCUCCGCUGCGUGGUACGCGAAACCUUCCGGACCCACCCGGCGGGGCCGUUCCUCAUCCCGCACGAGUCCACGCGCGCCACCACCAUCAACGGCUACCACAUCCCCGCCAAGACCCGCAUCUUCAUCAACACCCACGGCCUGGGGCGCAACCCCCGCGUGUGGGACCACGUGGACGACUUCAACCCGGAGAGGCAUCUCCCGGCCGACGGCGGGCGCGUGGAGAUCAGCCACGGCGCCGACUUCAAGAUCCUGCCGUUCAGCGCCGGCAAGCGGAAGUGCCCCGGCGCCCCCCUGGGCGUGACGCUGGUGUUGAUGGCUUUGGCGAGGCUGUUUCACAGCUUUGACUGGAGCCCGCCGGAGGGGUUGAGGCCUGAAGAUAUCGACACGAAUGAGGUGUAUGGGAUGACCAUGCCUAAGGCUACGCCCUUGUUCGCCGUUGCUAGGCCUCGCUUGCAACGCCAUUUGUAUCACUCCAAUUAGGGAUGAAUAAUGAAUUGUAGCACCCUAUGCCAAAACUUCUUUAAUUUCUGCACUUCACAAAAUGGUAUUAUUUGUAAUAAUUAUAAUAUUAAUAAGGGUAUUUUCACACA